AUGUCGGACUUUUUCAAGACUAAUCUCGGUGGAGGUCCCGCGCCAGACCAGGCUACAAGGAAACAGCAAAUUAUGGAUGGCUUGAGGAACGAGAUGGCACUGGCAAACGCCCAAGAACUUAUCAAUAAAAUCAACGAGAAAUGCUUUGCCAAAUGCGUCACCAAGCCAUCCACAUCGCUGGGUAGCUCCGAGGAGACUUGUCUAUCCCGCUGUAUGGACAGGUACAUGGAGGCCUUCAACGUGGUCUCCCAGUCCUAUGUUGCGAGACUUUCUCGUGAACGUUCGAGUGCGCCUGGACUGGAUCAAAUAUAA